AUGUCGAGAAUAAUUUUGACAAGGGUCUUCCCCUCAGGUAGUGCCAAUAAAACGCCUCUUUUGGCGAGAUCUUCGACAAUGAUUGCUCGGAGGUUCCACGUUUCCUAUCGAAGACAAGAGCAUUUCCUGAAUGUCUCGGCCAAAGUGCGCGGGUUUUUCUCACGUGUUAAAAAAGGAGGGAAGAAGCUAGUUCUAGUUGAUUUCUACGCGGAUUGGUGUCAGCCGUGCAAGGUCUUAUCACCUAUAUUAGAAAAAUUUACAGAAGAUCCAAGCCUAGUGGGAGGAGUGGAAGCCGAUCUUGUCACCGUUGAUGUCGAUGCGAAUGUAGACUUGGCAAUGGAAUAUGAGGCAUCAAUGCCGACCGUCAUUGCCUUCCAAUCUGGAAAGCCUGUGGGGCAAUUCGUUGGUGCCUUACCACCUCACCAAGUGAAAGCUUUCAUCCAGCGACCAGGGACAUAG